AUGUUCUUCAACUCCGCUACAAUCGCUCUCGCACUUACCCUCGCCUCGGUGGUUCAGGGUGCCACAAUCGCUACUCGCGGUGGUGGUGACUGCAACGGCAUCUUGGGAUGGCAGCGUAACCAAGCUUAUUCACGCGGCGACGAGAUCUCGUACUGGGGAUCCAUCUGGCAAGCGAAAGAGUGGAGCUACAACAACCCUCCGGGCGACGCCGCUAACCAGUGGACCAAUGUUGGUUCCUGCGAUGGCGCUAACAACGGUAAUGGCGGCGGCGGUUCGGGUGGAGGUCAGAAUUGGAAUAAGGCGAGAGGGGACGACGGCAAUAAUGCACAGGGUGUGAACAAUGAUAAUGGCGGCAUCAACAACAGCAAUGGCUGGAACAACAACGGCAAUAACAACAGUGGCAGUAACUGCGACUGUUCCAACGCCCAGCCCUGGUCCAAAUCCGCACAGUAUCCCGGCGGUAGUUCCGUCACCUACAACGGUCACCUCUGGAUCGCCAACUGGUGGGUAACGAGCAACUGCCCCGGUGACACCUCAGGCUCUUGGGCCGACAAGGGCGCUUGCACCAAGUGGUAA